AUGGACACACCACCGGCACCCAGCAUGCGGUCCAAGACUAGGCGCGCACUCGACGAACUCAACGGCGCCACGACUUCGCCCCCCUCGUCGUCCCCCAGGACGACGCGAAACAGCCCCUUUUUGCCUACGCCCACCGAGACGAUAGCGUUGGCCUCCUUCCCGGUCAUACUCUUCUUCGGUACCGUCUUCUCGCUGCUCUCUCCCGACGUCCGCGCCUCGCACUACGACGCCGCGGCGCAGGCGCACUCCCAGUCCACGGCGCCGUCGUACUUUGCGCGCAAGUCGAACCUGUUCAACAUCAUAUUUGUCAAGCGCGGCUGGUUCUGGGUCACGGCCGCCUUCUUCGCCUUCGUCCUCACCCACCCGGCGACCAAGAACAUUACGACGCGCGUACAGGCCACGCUCCGCUGGGCGCUCGUCACGACGUGGUGGUUCUUCGUCACGCAGUGGUUCUUCGGCCCGGCCAUAAUCGACCGCGGUUUCCGCUGGACCGGAGGAAAGUGCGAGCUCGUCGAGGAGAAGGUUGAGAUGGGCGAGGGAGACGCCAAGGAGGUAUUCACUGCGGUCGCGUGCAAAGCCUCCGGCGGGCGCUGGAGCGGCGGCCACGACAUCUCGGGGCAUGUGUUCCUCCUGGUCUUGGGCACCGGCUUCCUCUUAUCCGAGGUCGGAUGGGUGGUGAUGCGCUGGAAGGGGUCGAGCAGAGAAGAGCGCAGCGUCGUCAUGACGGACGGCGCCAUCAAGACGGCCACCGUCGAGUCGCAGGGUCUGCGAGGAGAGCCCGUCCCCGGCGACGCCCUGGGCUUGGGCGGAAAGUUCGCGGCUGCCAUCAUUGGCUUGAGCUCUUGGAUGCUGCUUAUGACGGCCAUCUACUUCCACACCUGGUUUGAAAAGGUCACCGGUCUUGUUACUGCCUUCGUCGCGCUGUACGGCGUAUAUAUCCUCCCUCGAUUCAUCCCGGCGAUACGACAGGCUGUUGGCCUGCCCGGAAUUUAG